GAUGUUACAAGACUCAUACAUGGUAUCCUUCGUGUCCCAUGGGCGCUAAAUACAUUGUUAUUUACCGUGAACCAUGUGCUGCAUUCUACAGUUACUUCAACUUCUACAAGGGUUGGUUUUUUCAAUCAGGGGACAUUUCACUUCAUGAAUUUGUGAAAGAUUUUCUACUCGCUAUUUGUGCUCCAGAAAAGAAGACAGAUGUUGCAUCCUAUUUUGUCCACUUGCUCAGCUGGUGGGAACACAGGAAUGAUUCGAAUGUUUUAUUUCUGUUCUUUGAGGAUAUGAAAGAUGAUUUAGAAAGUGUAGUAAGGAUGGUUGCAGCAUUCAUGGAAAUUCAAGAUGAAGAAAAGAUUAAGAAGGCUGUGGAAAUGAGUUCCUUUGAAUUUAUGAAGAAAAAUGAGAGUAAGUUUUCAGAUGUUCGUCUCGCACGUUGUCGGAAUAAAAGUUGUGGGAUACCUGAUGAUGCUGUACCCAGUAAGAUCGUCACAGGAUCUGCCACGAAAGGACGAGAGUUGAUGGAUGACAAAACUAAAGAAAGUAUUCAGGCAAAGUGGCUGGAAGUCGUUGGGAAACAAACCGGAUUUCAAGAUUACAAUGAGUUGAGAAGUGCAUUCAAAAAGGAACAGAUGAAUAAAAUUUAAGAUAUUUGAUAUUAGAGAGAUUCAGAUUUGACUUCCACUACCGCUAGCACUACCUUUAAAGCAUCAUUAACCAAUCAGAUGGGUCUGAUAUAUUCAAUUAAUCGAUCAGAUACGUAGUUACCAAGCCGGUGUGAGGUAGUGGUAGUGGAAAUCAAAUCUGAAACUCGCUAUUAACAGAAGAUUGUAAAAUAAUUAUGGGGAGCCAAAUUACAGAGUUCAGACAGAAUUCUGCCGUUUUGGCAAGAACUUUCAGCUGGCAGGAUGACAGCCGAAAUUAAUUAUUAGAGACCUAGAAAUUUAGACGUCAUUUUCGCACUUUUUUAAGUUACGUUUACGCGCUACGAUUUGUCGUGUAUAAGCACGCGUAAAGUGGUUGCAUUUCAAAUUUCGCCAUAAUCUGAAUAAAGAGGAAUUGUGGAGUCAGCAAUAAAUUACAUACACCAGAAUACGAAUCAUACACGACAAAUCACAGCGUGUAAACGUAGCUUUACCAAAGCAAUAGGCAAACGUCUUUCAUCAAUUAAACAAUUUUAUUGUGCAUUUCUUUGCGCCGUCCGCAUUUUAUUAUUUUGUCCGGCUAAUCAAUCGAUAAAACGAAAUUCAGUUAUAAAUACUAAUUUUUAAUCUGCAUGUAUUAUACCAAACAAGGAGGUUAUUUUGGAAAGCUUGAAAAAGUCGCUUUGCGGUGGAUAUAGUGCUAUCUGAAUAAGCGUACGCCGAAAAGCAAUGGAAAUUCGGAAAAUAAUAUCAGGGGAAAAUCGUGGAAAUUCAGGCAGAUUUAUCAGAAAAUAUUUCGAAUUCAGGUUAUUUCAUUACAAUCCUAAAUAAAAACUGCCUCCCCCCACCGAAAAUCGCGAACCCCGUACGCCCGGUUUUUAAAUUUAGCUGUCAGGAGUUCUUACUCUUAGUUAGGUCGAUAAAUUUCGCAGACGUUUUUAGCAUGAUGGCAGCACUUUACUUGAAUAGUAACUUCUAG